AAAACUCUCAUAUUCUGGUCGGUGUAGCUUCCCUUGCUUUAGCCGCGUUUGCAGCCGUUCAGAUUCUUUACGUCUAACGUUGAGUGUUCGUAUCAGUAAGUAGAAACAGCGGGUUCCGCUCACACGCUCAUCGUUGCAUCUAUUUUCCCACCAAUCGAGUCGUACUACAGUCAGGUUAUCGACCCAUUUGUUUUGAAAUUUUUGUUUGAUUGAAAUUUGCGUAAAUAAAACCAAGUGAGUCACUGCCACAACUCUCUCAAGUACACUCUCCGUUUUUUUCGUGCUUCGACAUUCUUGCUUUUUCGCUUUUUGUUUUUUUACGGUACAAAAUACUUCCACGAAGAUUGUCUUCUGCCACUGCCAAACCCAUAAGUAAGUGCAAUCAAAGAAAUGAAAUACCAAAAGCGCCUGACCGCUCUCCGUGCGGAGCUAGAACAGGAGUUGGAGCCGUUACUGGAAGCCAAUUCCUGGGUGGACUACAAGAAGCUAAAGAAAUCGCUCUCCAAAGGCGAAAACGAGGCCGAGUUUUUUGAAAAAUGGGAAGCGGAAUUCCACGCAUUGCUAGACGCGGUUUCGAAGUCAGCAGCGCUCGUGGCGGUCGCGAAGGAGUUUCUGUUCGAAAAACAGAAGGAGCUGGAACUAGAAGCAGGUCGAACUACUAGUAACAAAGAACAGGGUUCGAAUUUACUCGACCAGCAGCUUUACCGAAGCCACGUGACACCAGAUGGAAAAGAAAAACCAGAGCACGAUGAUCUUCAGCACGUAUCAUGCAGCGACUUGCCCCCGACAGUCCAACUAGAGCAGCAGCACCAACUGGAGCGUUAUCUCCAUGCGAAUUGCGAGGCGUUGCGCAAGGCGGCGAAGAAAUUUGACAAGCACAGGGGGAGAUCUUGUCAGCAGUUGAAGGUGUUGUCGAUCGAGCAGGCCCUGCGGGAGGUGAAUUAUCCGAAAUUGGAUGGUGAUCUUCAUGUCAGCACACAGAAGCCGAGCGUUGUCGUCCCGCGUGUGAGAAGGACCCUGUCCUCAACAUCCGAGGAAGAAGAAGAUGACCACGCAUCAAACGAGAGGACCGCUGGAAAAACAACAGGAAAAACAAUAAAAUCCUCGUGGACUCCUGGUACUGUUGGUCAAAAUUAUUUUGGUCCAGCAGCCCUCAUCUACAAUUCUCUGCACUACAAAAACAUCAAUCUCGCGCUCUUCUCCUCCCUCCUCCUCUUGCUCCUCGCUGCUUUUCAACCCUUUGUCGUGGAAUGGUCCAAGGAAGGGACAAAUCACGUUCCCUACAACCCUGUUUCCGUGAUUUUGGCCGAGUCGGUUUGCUCGGUUUUACUCGCGUGUCUUGUCAGUGCAAUGGUGGUCGGGAGCAGUAGCAGAACUACAACUUCUACGGGGAGCAGUAGUACAAGCGGGACGAGCUCGUUUUUACAAGCUGAAUCAGGUACAGCAAUCACGACCGGAAGUCGUAACAUUCUCUCCGCUGCCGUCUACCCCUGUAUCUCUCCCUCCAACGUUUUGAAGUUUCUCCCCACCGGUGUGCUCCGGGCCGUGGAGGAUUCUUUGAGUAUUUACGCCUUACAGUACGUCGCGCCGACUACUUACAUGGUGUUACUGCAGUCCCGACUGCUGCUCACCGGCUUGGCGGCGCAAUUUUUAGUCCCAGAGUGCACCGCGCCAACGCGGGUUCAGUGGCACGCUUUGUUCUUCACACUCUCGGGCAUUUUGGCGUUCAAGAGCGUGGUGUUGGACCAACAGGGCGACAACGAUGAUUCAUCAUCAAGUAAAUCGAAAUCCGACUCCCUCACCGGCACGCUCAUUCUCGCCGUCGCGGUCGUCUGCAAGGUUGGAGCCAGCAUUUGGGCGGAGCGGGCGCUGAAACGAGGAGCAGACACGUCGGUCAUCGUACAAGCAGCGAAUAUUUCCUGUGGGACGGUAGUCGCGUCGCUGGUGUUGUUUCCCAUAGGACAGGCGGUGUUCCCAAAACCUUCUGCGAAGGAUGAUGAAAAAGACGACGAGUCAUCCGGUUCUAACAACGCCUCCUUCAGCAGCCUGUUCGCCAAUUGGUCGCUCGUCACACUCUUCCUGGUCUUCUACCUGCUGCAGAAAAACUGGGUGAGCACGGUUGUCGUGAAAAAGCUGUCGGCGACGACGAAAUACGUCGUGUACGCCAUCGCGAUCGUGUUGACGUACUUUUUGGAGCUGUUGUUCAUCGAAGGUGCGGAAUUUUCGCUGACCGCGGCGGUGUGCAGCUUGUGCGUCGUGCAGGGAGGCGUACUGUUCGCGGACGCGAAGAAGUAGGUGAAGAACAAAAUAGAAGAAAAGAAGCAAAGAGGAAGAUGACGCAGUUUUUUUUCUAUCGGCGAUGAUCAAUUGACAAUGCGCAUCGCUUGGUGCUCGUGCUUGAUGAGUUUCCCACUCUCUGCUGUACUAGUGUUGUGUACAAGUCUGCUAUAUUUUUCCUGUUCGAGAGCCUCGAUGAACUACAUAAGCGGGAACGGUCCCAGAUAACCGGAGGCUUCUUGACUUUUACAACAAGCCGAGGAGGCAAUCACUUUGGC